UGGUUACCGCCGUUCACCUGUCUGUACCGGCCAAAAAAUCCGGCCUUUUUUCCCCUGCCAAGCCGCCACCGCGGCUGCCUCCUCCCGCCGCCGCCGAUGAAGCCCAUCGUCGUCCACGCCGCCUCCGUGGACCGCCGGUGGCUGCUCCCUCUGGCCGUCGGCUCCGCGCUGUCGCUCUUCCUCCUCGUCCUCCUCACCACCGUCCCUCUCCCCUUCUUCCCCUCCUCCUCGCCCUCCCCGGCGCUCUUCGUCGAGCACAAGCUCGCCCCGACCCCGCCCGCCUCCCGCGCCGCCGGAUCCCUCCCCCGCAUCGCCUACGUCAUCUCCGGAUCCGCCAGGGACGCCUCCGCGCUCCGCCGCGUCCUCCUCGCGCUCUACCACCCCAGGAACCUCUACGUCCUGCACCUAGAUGCCGAGGCGCCCGAGUCCGACCGCCGGGACCUCGCCGCCGGCCUCGCGGCGCACCCCGUCAUAGCCGCCGCCGGCAACGUCCGCGUCGUCGAGCGGGCCAACCUCGUCACCUACCGCGGGCCCACCAUGGUCGCCAGCACCCUGCACGCCGCCGCCGCGCUCCUCUGGGGCCACUCCGGCGCCGGCGGGUCCGACUGGGACUGGUUCAUCAACCUCUCCGCCUCCGACUACCCGCUCGUCACGCAGGACGAUCUGAUCCAUGUCUUCUCCAAGCUGCCGCGUGAUCUCAACUUCAUCGACCACACCAGCAACAUUGGAUGGAAGGAGUUUCAGAGGGCGAAGCCGGUCAUCAUCGACCCGGGGCUCUACAUGAAGAAGAAGGCGGACGUGUUCUGGAUACCACAGCGCCGGAGCGUGCCAACAGCCUUCAAGCUCUUCACUGGUUCCGCGUGGAUGGCGCUGUCCAGGUCGCUGGUCGAGUACAGCAUAUGGGGUUGGGACAACCUUCCCCGCACCGUCCUCAUGUACUACUCCAACUUCAUCUCCUCCCCAGAGGGCUACUUCCACACCGUUGUCUGCAACGCUGAGGAGUUCAAGAACACGACGGUGAACCACGACCUGCACUACAUCUCGUGGGACAACCCCCCGAAGCAGCACCCGCACUACCUCACGAUGGACGACCUGGACCGGAUGAUCGCCAGCGACGCGCCCUUCGCCCGCAAGUUCCACGCGGACGAGCCCGUGCUCGACCGGAUCGACGCGGAGCUCCUGUCCCGCCGCGCCGGCCCGGACGCGCCCACGCCCGGAGGCUGGUGCGCGGGGACGCGGGACAACGGGAGCGACCCCUGCUCGGUCGUCGGGAACACCAGCUUCCUUCAGCCUGGCCGUGGCGCCGUGCGGCUGCAGCGGCUCGUCACGUCGCUCCUGUCGGAGGAGAAGUUCCACCCGCGGCAGUGCAAGUGAUGGCAUGCUUCUUCUGAUGCCAGAGCUGCCUGCGGUGUGAUGAUGCACGGAUCUCCUGCCGGCGAUGUACGCGCGGUUGAUUUGACCGCCCGCGGCUCGCCAUUUUGUCGGCUAGGCAGCAGACCGUGCCAUGUAUGAUGAUGUUGUACGAUUAGACCACGUAGCGUAAGUAGAGUUUGUUGUUGUAUCACCCACUUGUGUAAGACCAGUAAAGACCACGAGAUGAUGUAUCAUCGACUCGACGGUAUGAACCUGAAGACGGGAACUUGGCGAUGAAAGUUGUACCCACGCCUGCAUCUUGUAAAGGCCGCUGAUGUUUCUGAA